AAGUUGUACAGGGCUGGAGUAACAGCCAAAAUGGAGUGCUACCGGUCAUCGUGUGUGGUGAUUUUAAUUCAACACCGGAAUCGGCGGUUUAUGAACUCCUCACGACUGGUCGGCUGAGCCCCUCCUCAAUACCGGUACGCUGGAUUAUAUAUGCUUUACUCAAAAUUCUCUUCGAGGCCUGGCAGUGUCUAACACAUACAGUUAUGAGGAGCUGA